CUCCUGUCUCUAUGCAAAUCAGGUCCGUAUGCAAAUCAGGAGCCGAGGGGCGGGAAAAAGGAGAGGCUCCGUCCUCGCCCACAAGCCCAAGCGGCCACAAGCGCCGCGCCAGGAGCGACAACAACAGGGGCGGCCGCGACACGUGUGCGACCGACCCACCAUGGAGUUCGAGGAGCUGGGCAUCGGGGAGGAGUGCGGCGUCUUCGGCUGCCUCGCCGCCGGGGUCUGGCCCACCGAGCUGGACGUGCCGCAUGUGAUCACCCUGGGGCUGGUGGGGCUGCAGCACAGGGGCCAAGAGAGUGCUGGAAUUGUGACAAGCGAUGGAGAGUCAGCUCAUUCAUUCAAAAUGCACAAGAAGUGGUGGCAGGAGGGAAUGGGUCUGGUUAAUCACGUGUUCAGUGAAGAUAGCCUGAAGAAGCUAUAUGUUUCCAAUCUUGGGAUUGGGCACACAAGAUACUCAACCUCCGGAGUCUCUGUCUUGGAUAAUUGUCAACCGUUUGUGGUGGAAACACUGCAUGGGAAGAUUGCUGUAGCUCACAAUGGAGAGCUGACAAAUGCUGUGCGACUGAGGAGAAAGCUAAUGCGCCAUGGAGUGGGACUCUCCACCAGUUCUGACAGUGAACUGAUCACUCAGCUGCUGGCAUUCACCCCUCCGUUAGAGCAAGAUGAUACACCAGACUGGGUAGCAAGGAUCAAAAACCUGAUGAACGAAACACCUACUUCCUACUCAAUUUUAAUGAUGCAUAAAGAUAUCAUCUAUGCCGUACGCGACCCCUAUGGGAACCGUCCACUCUGCAUUGGCCGUCUGGUUCCAGUCGGAGACCUUAAUAAAAAAGGGAAAAAUUAUGCUGAAACUGAAGGAUGGGUCGUGUCUUCAGAAUCCUGCAGCUUCUUAUCUAUUGGUGCAGAGUAUUACCGUGAAGUCAUGCCUGGAGAGAUUGUGAAGAUAUCUAGACAUGAAGUUCAGACACUGGAUGUUGUGCCAAGGCCAGCAGGAGAUCCAGCUGCAUUCUGUAUUUUUGAAUAUGUGUAUUUUGCACGACCAGACAGCAUUUUUGAAGGUCAAAUGGUAUAUUCCGUAAGAAGGAGAUGCGGUCAACAGCUUGCUAUUGAAGCCCCAGUGGAAGCCGAUUUGGUUAGCACAGUCCCAGAAUCGGCAACGCCUGCAGCUCUUGGCUAUGCACAAAAGUGCGGAUUACCAUAUAUCGAAGUAUUGUGCAAAAACCGAUACGUGGGAAGAACUUUCAUUCAGCCAAAUAUGAGGUUACGACAACUCGGAGUAGCCAAAAAGUUUGGGGUUCUGUCAGAUAACUUCAAAGGAAAGCGUGUUGUCCUUAUUGAUGAUUCCAUUGUGCGAGGCAACACCAUUUCACCCAUAAUCAAACUAUUGAGAGAAUCUGGAGCUAAAGAAGUACACAUUCGUGUAGCUUCACCUCCAAUUAGAUUUCCUUGUUACAUGGGAAUAAAUAUUCCAACAAAAGAAGAACUUAUUGCCAACAAGCCUGAAUUCCAUGACCUGGCCAAUUACAUCGGAGCAGACAGCGUGGUCUAUCUUUCAGUAGAAGGAUUGGUUUCAUCUGUGCAAGAGAGUAUCAAAGCAAGACAAGACAAUGAAAACAGCUUGAAGACCAAUAAGUACCGGGCUGGGAAAAUUGGCCAUUGCAUAGCCUGCCUUGUUGGAAAAUAUCCCGUAGAGCUGGAGUGGUAAAUUUCCUGAACACAACUGCCAAUCAAUUCAACAUUUGGGACUGAUUAAAUGUAUCACUCACUACCGAACAAGUUAUGAAACCACUCAUGUUUUAGUUAAAGCGUUUUCUAAGGAUGGUGAAGAACUAAGGAUAAACAAUAAAAUAAAGAAUGCAAUAUGAAACAUUAGCUCUGUGACUUUGGGGAUGAGGAACUGAGUUUCUAAAUUCCUUAGCUGGCUAAUCUUGCCAAGACAAUUGGAGUUCUCCUCAGGCUUUCAUUCAUAAUAGUAGUUUCUCAUAAAUAACAUUAUGAGAGAGGCUAUGAGCCAUUAAGCCUUCUCAAAUUUUAAACCUGGUUUUAUGUAAAAAGCAAAUUCUUGAAUUUAACUGUUUUCAUAUAAUUUUUAUUCAGCUGUUUGCCUUCUUUGUUUUGAAAAAAUGAAGUAAAUGUCUGUAUUUUUUGCUUAUAUAACUAAAGCUAUCUGUUAUAACUUGAUUCCAAAGAGAUCAAAUGUUAUUUUUGUACAAAGCAUUUCUGAGGCUUCAAGACUCAGGGAAAUACUAAACCAAAAACUCGCUUAAUACCUUGAGCCUGCAUGAUUUAAAGGUCUGGAAAUCCACUGCGUUUAAGUGCUUUCGCUGUAUGUCAGGGAGAUGUGACAGGGAAAAUUAGACAGGUUGAUAACCUACUAUGGAGUGCUGUGAUUUAGAGAUUAAAGGCUAAUUUUCUCAAUUAUGUUCUUUCACCUUGAAUACAUGCUUAACUAUAGUGUGAAUUUUUUUUAUUUGUGUGUGAGCUUGCAGAGAUGACAUUGGAAAAAAAUAACGCACAGACUUAUUGUAAUAGAGAAAUUUAACAAAUGUAGUAUUUUUAAUGUAAUAUAUAUUACUGCCUUGCUUAGUAUUUCUGUGGCUUUUGUUAAUGUCCUGUUUGUGUCCCCUUUUCAAGAAUGCUAAUUAUUUCUGGUUUGAAUUAGAAUUGCCAGCAAUUCUAACCCGAUUCAGAAAUUUGCUGCUACUUCUUUGUCUCUGUAUACGUUUUCAGAACAUACAUUUCUCCAGCAGAGUGCUCAAAAGUGAAACAUUUUACAACUGCAUAACUAUAUUAGAGGAAAACCCACUUCUACCCUCUGUGUGCCCACUGAAACAGUAGACCUUCCAUCUGUACAUUCAAUUCCUUUCUGACCACCCCAACAGUAUGAACGUUGGGUUACUGUGAGUUUUCUAGGCUGUAUGGCCAUGUCCCAGAAGCAUUCUCUCCUGACGUUUCACCUACAUCUAUGACAGGCAUCCUCAGAGGUUGUGGGGUGUGUUGGAAACUAGGCAAGUGAGGUUAAUAUAUCUUUGGAAUGUCCCAACAAAGGAUUCUCCCAAGCAGGAAGCAGACAGGCUUUGAAGCUGCAAGGCCAUUCAAUGCUAAUCAAGGUGGCCAGUAGCGACAUUCACACUUGUUCUUUCUCCCACCCUGGACAUUCCACAGAUAUAUAAAACCCACUUGCCUUGUUUCAAACAGACCUCACAAUCUCUGAGGAUUCCUGCUAUGGAUGUGGGCGAAAUGUCAGGAGAGAAUGCUUUUGGAACAUGGCCAUACAGCCUGGAAAACUCAUAGCAACUCCGUGUUUCCAGCCAUUAAAGCCUGAAAGCCCAGCCAUGGCUAAAAUCUUUCUUUCUUCCUUCUGUGAAUGGAGAAAGUCAAGUCAUGCCCCCAAACCUUUUUUGCUUGUUUUGUACCUUUCCAGGCUCCCCAUAUGAUCCUUUUUUCCACCUUCCUGCAAAACAGGAAGGGCAGAGCACCUUUUGCAUGGCUUCCUACAAACAGAAACACAAUAAACGUUUUCCAUGUUUUUUUAUGAUUGAAACAAUUAGGAAAUGACAUUUAUAACCCAGCAACAAAAAUCAUGUUACAUAGUGCUAUUUCAUUCCCAUCUACAAAGUUCAACUCAAGAACUGCGCAAUUAAGUUACAAAAAAAAGCCAAAAAAAUUCUCAUAAAUGGUUAAAGUAAGUUUAUGAUUUUGCAUUCAUAGCCAUCCUGGGCUGCAUGCAGCCCAUGGGCCGCGGGUUGAACAGACCUAAAACUCACAGUAACCCAAAUCUCAAACAUGCUGGAAAUGGAUUCACAGUCACUCUUCAAUUUUGAUAUUUUGAGCAGUCCCUGUAGCUCCAGAGGGGCUGUAGAGCCACCAUAGUCAACCACUUCUGAAUAAGAGGCUUUUUAAAAAAAACCUUUUCCAGAAUGUAUAAACUUGUGCAUUGUUCAUGCACAGCUGUACAUACAGAUCCCGUGGCAAAAAUAUGUCUAUUUGAAAUGCAUGUAGAAAACCAUAUAAAAGAGUCCCUGUGCCGGAAACACAAGCAUGCUAGAAGCCAACAUAAUAAUUUUAUUUCUUACCCGCCUCUUCUCAAGGCAGGUCACAGCACAAUCAAAUUGCACAAACUGCAAAAAUUCUAUAAACACACAUAUUAAAAUGUAGUUCUAUAAAAGAUACGUAUUAAAACAUUUCUAUAAAAUACAUAUAAAUUAUGCAUUAUUUACAAUGUGGGUACAUGUAAGGUAAAUAAAAUCCAACACAUUUCAUAGAAAUUGAUACUAUUUCCCUGUGGUCCAAACAAAACUCGGCAAGAUUUUUUUAGUAUUGAAUACCGGUAGCUUGGAAUUGCUAUUAAUACAUCAGAAAGGGUAGAUUUGGUGGAUGAUGUCUUCAAAGAAGAAGCUGUAAUAUAAAACAUAAGCAUUGUUAUUAACAUUCUCUUCUAUAGCAUGGAACUUAGUCUGGUUUAGAAAAUAAAAAAUAUAUACUGAAUAAAAAAGCUUGAUACACUAUUGCUAAUCUCCAAAUAUGCUAAAAUAAUUCUUCUCAAACCAUAUGACAUUUCUGAAAAAAUACCAGUAUUUUUAAUCUUUUUCCUUGCCGCUAUAAAACUGAGGAUUCAUUUACAAAAUUGUUUUUUUUACAUAAUCUUCGUAAGAUAAGCAAGGCUGAAAACCCAUCCCUAGGACAAGGUGAACUGAUUCAACAGGUUGCUCAGCUCUUCUCAAUUUAUACGCAACGCUCUGUUUCUACAUUUAUACAUACUUUUAUUUACUUUAAAAAUCAAUGUACGUAAACCCCAUUCUCCCAAAUAGCCAAUAUAAAUGUUUACUUAGAUGUAAUUAUGUAUUUGGUGGGAAAGUAUAUAUUGCCUUGAUGAACCAUGACCAAAUUCCAUGUCAACAUAAAGUUGCCUAUCCAGA